CGCGUCCCGGGCGCGCGGCGGCCGGCGGUUGGCGUGCGCGGGCCCGGAGCUCGGUGGGGCGGAGAGAGCCGGCGCCAUGGUGGAGAAGGAGGAGGCCGGCGGCGGCAUCAGCGAGGAGGAGGCGGCGCAGUAUGACCGGCAGAUCCGUCUCUGGGGACUGGAGGCCCAGAAACGGCUGCGGGCCUCCCGGGUGCUUCUUGUCGGCAUGAAAGGGCUUGGGGCUGAGAUUGCCAAGAACCUCAUCCUGGCAGGAGUGAAAGGACUGACCAUGCUGGAUCACGAACAGGUAUCUCCAGAAGACCCCGAAGCUCAGUUCCUGAUCCGUACUGGAUCUGUUGGCCGAAACAGGGCUGAAGCCUCUUUGGAGCGAGCUCAGAAUCUCAACCCCAUGGUGGAAGUGAAGGCGGACACUGAGGAUAUAGAAAAGAAACCCGAGUCAUUUUUCACUCAGUUUGAUGCUGUAUGUCUGACUUGCUGCUCCAGGGAUGUCAUAAUUAAAAUUGACCAGAUCUGUCACAAAAACAGCAUCAAGUUCUUUACAGGAGAUGUUUUUGGCUACCAUGGAUACACAUUUGCCAAUCUUGGAGAGCAUGAAUUUGUAGAGGAGAAGACCAAAGUUGCCAAGGUUAACCAAGGAGUAGAAGAUGGCCCUGACACCAAGAGAGCGAAACUGGAUUCAUCUGAGACAACUAUGGUCAAGAAGAAAGUGGUCUUCUGCUCCCUUAAAGAGGCUCUGGAAGUGGACUGGAGCAGCGACAAAGCGAAGGCCGCUCUGAAGCGCACAACUCCGGAUUACUUUCUCCUCCAAGUGCUCCUGAAGUUCCGCACGGAUAAGGGGAGAGACCCCAGCUGCGAUACCUUCGGGGAAGAUUCCGAGCUGUUGCUCCAGAUUCGUAACGAUGUGCUCGACUCCCUGGGUGUGAAUCCUGACCUGCUUCCCGCAGACUUUGCCAGGUUCUGCUUCUCCGAGAUGGCUCCCGUGUGUGCGGUGGUUGGAGGCAUCUUGGCCCAGGAGAUCGUGAAGGCCCUGUCUCAGAGGGACCCGCCUCACAACAACUUCUUCUUCUUUGACGGCAUGAAGGGAAGCGGGAUUGUGGAGUGCCUCGGCCCCAAGUGAACCCCGACAUGGCAGCCCUGGAGAUGCCGGCCCCCCCGCGUGCCUUCCCGCGUCCUCCCCCCUCGGGCAUCUCCCGGCGAGAGAAGAGAAGUCAUUGCACCAGCGCAGACCCUUUCCGUGAACAAUGAGGCCGUGCACAUGUGCUGCUUGCGAGCACCGGCAGCUGCUGCACACGAGGGGCGGGGGCUGGCCGCCUCCCUCCUCACUGCGCAGGACUGUUCCCAGCUCCGCCGAGCGGGCAGCGCCCUCCGGCACCUCUGUCCUGGUGCCGUCCUGGCAUCACCACACCUCUGGGUACCGCCAGGGAGGCCUGCCCGGAGCCUCGCCGCCUCCUCGGACCUCUCCGCCUGAUGUCACCCGAGGGAGCCCGGCCUCGGGGGAGGGAGGCCGGGCCGAUGAAACGCGAGUGGAACCGCAGUCCGAAUGCAGACAGGUGCCCUGAGAGGAAAAGCAUGGCAGGCGGGAUGUGUUUCCUCCGGAGUGAAAUCCUGCAAAACAACAGGUGGCAUCUGGUGCGCUGGUCCUGGUGUUAGCGGAGGAUUAGCCAUCCAGCCUGGGCUGCGGGACGGAGGAAACGGUACUGGUCCUCCAGGGCUUUCGGGCGAGACCUUGCAAGUUGGAUGUUAGGAAAAUGUUAGGAAAACUGUAAAGACAGAGGCCAGCGGGCCACUGGGCGGGAGGAGCCUGUUGCGUUUAAGGCUGUGUCGGUCCUUCGUUACCCCUGAAUGGCAGCUGUUUGUGUUUUUUAUAUUUUCUAGAUUCCCGGGUCCUUGGAAAAGGAGUGGUAGAAAUAAAGUUAUUUGCUUUAGGA